CAACGGUUGCCUUGAGGCAGCGAUCGAUUUGGGCCUGCGUGCGAGGCCGAUUUUCCAACGCGACUGUUGAGCAGGAAUCAAUUUGUCGCUGAACAUAUGCGCUUCACGUCCCAGAGAAUCUUGCUUCGAUGGCAUGGCUUCCUGCGAUUGCCUCGGCACCCACAGCUUUGGUACAAGGAGAGGCUACGAGAGGAAAUCUGCGAACGACGGCUGGCAACGACGCGUUGCCAAAAGCUCAGCGAGACGGCUGACGUCUUCUACAUCAUCAGCCGAGCGCAGCACGACGGCCACACCCUCCGACGACUCCCCGAUUUCAUCCUUCCGCACCUCGCGGUGUAUGCAUACUUGCUUUCGAAAUACACGUUGAGGUGGCAGUUCUACCGGGUGGCUGCUUUCCUUUGUGGUUGUGCCGACUUGGACGCGAUGCGCGAGGUCGUCAACCCUACCAAAGACCACAAAUUACGAGAGGUCGCGUGUCGCCAUGGGAUUGACCCGACAAGAUUCAGGAAAGUCUGCUACCGACUUCGGUUCAUAUGGCCUCUGCUGCCAUAAAAGCAACGCUGAGGAGGGAGGGACCUGUUUUUGGAAAAAUGUGUCCAUGAGGUGGAAAUUGGCUGUGCGACGCCAUAUCGCUGCUCUCGAUCUUGGAGGCCGAGGCUUGCCCGCCAAACGCCCCCGAUUCGCUGAGCCAAGUGCUCAUCCCGCAGGCGCCCGCAGACCAGUCAGAAUUGUGGUCGGCCUCCCACAUAAUGAGGCCGUCGCAACAU